ACAUCACCAUCGGCCUGUCCACAUUUUGCGACUUCUUUCGCCUUUUGAUUUAGAAACGCUAUCGCUAUGCAUAUCUGCUAUUUGCUACCAUGAUCCAAAUAAUAGCCCUUCCAGGAGAGAUAUUAACUCACAUCUCUCUGUUCCUCAACUCUCGCCAUGAUGCCGCAUCUCUCAGCUACACAUGCAAAGCGCUUCACCAAGUUGGUCAAGAUCGAAUGUACCAAGUGGGAGGUUCGCAACAUCUAUUAUGUAACUGGGCAAUAAAAACAGGCGACGUGGAGCUCUUUCGCAGGGUGUUGGCAGCUGGUAAAGUUCGUGGUGAUAUGAAGAUGCUCUGCUUCGCCUGCAAGUAUGGUCAUAUCGACAUCGUUGACGAACUUAUCAAAAUCGACGAGGUUUAUAAAAAGUUGAUCAAUUUCCCCAAUUACGGAAAAGUCCAUCCAUUGUAUCAUGCGUCUCGGUAUGGUCAUGUCGACGUGAUGCGGCGCCUUCUCGCUCUCCCCAACACCAACCCGAACAAAUUCAACGGAGUGCGCAGGAAAACAGCACUAGAUGCAGCUGCGCUGCAAACGAACCCCGAUGUCGUUCGAAUACUAUUCGAAUCAGGUGCUGUCCUACAUUUUGACAAUAGUUGUCAGCCGCCGCUGUUUGUCGCAGUGUCAUCUGGGCACACCGCGGUUGCGGACGAGCUCCUCGAGGGUGAACGCCGCGCAAGAUCUCGUCCGGCAGAUUGGGACGAGUUGAUUUAUUCCUUUUUGAGAUUUACUGGCACAGGUAACAAGCAAGAGGUGGACAAGUUUAUACUGGAUCAUCUUGCUCCGUGUGCUCCGGGUCGUGUUUUGGCGGCUGCCGCCAUGCAAGGUCGCUUGCAUAUACUGGAGACCAUGGUGCAACAAAACCCUUCGCCAGUGCAGCUCGUUACAUCUACAAUAUUGCGUGAACUAUACCCAUCAAUAUUUUAUAGCGAUUGGGCUGUCCAUGUUUGUCGUCUGCUGGUUGAACAUGGCGCGAUUGUUACUGAGACGGGUAAUCCAACCUUGCCCACUCCAACACACUACGCUGUGGCGGCGAAUAACCUCCGAGCAGCAGAAUACUUUUACCACAAGGAGCUAGACACUGGUCCUCCACACAACCAUUACGUCGGUCUGCUGAAUCGUGCAGAUAGCGUAUCCAUGUUUGAGUUUCUAUUUCAGGAGAGUCGAGAUCUGGACAGCGUGGAUGACCAAGGAUAUACGCCGCUGCUCUACAAGAUUAAGAAUUGGAAUCAUUAUCGACAAGACGGAAGAACAUUUCUAGAUGCUGUCAAGAUGUUUUUACAAAACGGCUCGGACCCUAAUUUCGUUGGGCCUGCCGGAGAAACACCUCUAUCUCUUGCUGUGACGGAACGUUGUGCCAGCAUCGCACCUAGCUUGGUGAAGUUGUUGACAGACUUCGGUGCAGAACUCAAAGAUCCAACCAACGCCAUCGAACAAGACUAUUACCCGAUGAACUUCCUGCAGAUUUUAGUUGGCACUUAUCGCUAUCAAACUGCCGAACUGCUGCUUGACCAUGGAGGCAAGUUGUAUUACACAGACAGACAGGGCUGGACGCCUAUAAUGCACGCAGCGUAUUGCCGAGAUAUUGACCUCCUUCGGUUAUUAAUCAACAGAGGCGCAGACGUGUUUGAAAAGGAUGAAAAACGGCGUACGCUAUUGGCUAUCCUAUCAACGUCUUACGAAAAUUGGCCACGACCACAGGCUAGCCUUAACGAGACGAUUGCCUGUAUUCAAUUGCUGAUAGAUAUGGGCGUGGAUUUUGAAGAGCCAGACAUCAAUGGGAAGAAGCCUAUUGACUUGACGGAGAACGGCUACGAAAAAGAGUUUUAUUUGAGACAUAAGAAAGAGUUGAUGGGGAUGGAAGAGCGCGGGUUGUAAUGGGACCUUUAUAGAAGAACUCUACGGCGCUGCGUUCUUAAUCAAUGGAUACCAAAACACUAGGAAUUGCUUUCUUUGCUAACAAUUGACAAUUUUAAUUUCGCAUGAGUUAUAAUAUACUUAAUUUAGAUAGUUUCAGUGACAUAUAGAGUAUAGAGUGUGACCACUAAGGGUGCUUCAAUCCUUUAGGGUAGCGAUUAAUCACAGGUCAAAGCGCUACAAACGCGCUGGUGUCGGCAUUCCAGAACAAAAGCUUAAGCUUCACGCGCUACGCAAACUGCCAC